AUGAAUUUCUUUUAUUCCCUUUUGACAAUCUGCUUAUUUCAAAGUAUUCUAGGAUAUGAGGUAUAAGAUUUUGGAAGUUUCUAAAUGACUCCUUUACCCUAAAAUAUAUGUGAUAACACUAGUAAUCAGUAGUGCAAUUAAUUUAACCUUAAUUCAAUUCAGUUGCAAGCUAACUUAGUCAAUAGAAUAACUGUUUAUGGAUAUUUUAAUCCUUUGCCUGACAGUGACACCUCUACUCUUUUCUAAAUAUAUGAUAAGAAUCUUACCAACCUUAGAUUUGAGAUUAAAGUAUAACCCUUAUUAGGCAACAUAUUCAUUUAAACUCUAUAAGAUAAUAAUAGUAUAUUCUUCUAAUAACUACGUUAUAAUUCUAAUCCAAAUUAGCCUUUUGAAUUCUUAAUUUUUCUAGAUUAUCAAUAUUAAUAAAAUUUAUCUUUAGGCUUGAUAACAUUGUUUUUAAAUUUUAAUGUACCAGAAAAUUAACGCCCUAAUCCAUACUUUCAAUAAAUUAUAUUUAAUAUUCCAUAACAAAGUUAUUUAAGCAGUACCUCUGUGCUUCAAGUUUGCUAAUCUCAGUUGUUUGGAAGUUUAUAUAAUUUAAGAAUAAUCUACAAUUACAACAUACCUCUCUUAACAAUAGAUGAAUAGUUUAUCAUUUAAAAAUUAAAAGCACUUUAAUUAUACUUAAAAGGUAGUUUGUAACCUAUUACUUCACCAACUAUUUACAAAUUGGAUUACUACCAUAACUUCAAACAAUUUUAUUUCUAUGAUUUACUCAAAUAAAAAGUUGGAAGAUUUAAUUUAACAAAACUGGAGAUUCCGAUAUAAAAGCUCUCUUCUAUCCAGUUAAUUUACUAAUCUGGAUUCCAUUUGCCUCUUAAUAGUUCUGAUCUAAAAUCUUCGCCUAUAGAGUUUGGUGUUACUUUGAAUUUAAAAUUAUAGAAUGUGACUUAUUUUCCUUUCAAUCUCAAGAUUAAAAUCAAUUUUAAUGAAGGAACCUACCAAAACUAAGCAUUAAACUUUUUAUUGCCUAAUUCUACCUAAAUGUCUUAUCCUGAAAAUGGAAUAUUAGACACUUUUACUGUUGGUAUGUUUUUUAGAUUCAAUUUUAAUCUGAAUAAGUUAGAAGUUGUGUAGUUUAAUGAUUAUGAAAGUAAUUAUUUCAAUUUAAAUAUUACUGAUAGUAUGAAAUAUUUUUAUGACAAUUACAAAAUCUUAUCUAUCAAAGACAUUUAAAUUUAUAGAGAAAAUGCAAUAUUUGCUCGGAUUUUAGAAUAAACUUAAGAUCUAACUUUAGAUAUACUUGAAGCCAGAGUUUACACAGAUAAAUUUGGUAUUGAAUUUUAAUAAGAUUCUUAAGAAGCUAUGCUCCCAAACUGUAAUAUAAUAACUGGAAUACAGUAAAAAAUAUGUAUUAGGUGUAAAAAAGGAUACCUCUUAAAUCAUAACGGUACUUGCUCUACUUAAUGUGACCAAGGAUACUAUAAAUUCGGAUAAGAUUGUGUUAAAGUAUGUGCAUAUGGUACAUAAAACUAAUCCUGCUUGAUCCCACCAAACUGCAAAUAUUUGAACAACUCUUUCAACCCACCAUGUGACAGUGGAGAUGUGAACUGCCCAGCUAAAUUUGGAAAUCAGUGCUUUUAAUGCAAUAAUUCUAUUUAAUAUUAGUCACAAUGUUUAAACUAUACAACAGCUUUAAGCAUGGAUAUCUAAAUCCUCAGCGAUAAUUAAACAGCCAUAGAUAUACCUUAGGGGUAUCUAAAUGGAACACAGCCUUUAUGCAACUAAGCAGAUUAGUACUAUUAGCAAGACGAUGAAUGUGUAAAGUAAUGUUCUCCUGGGUAUAAUUUAACAGAUGGUGUAACUUGUACUUAAUGUAAUAUGAUAUAUUAUAACUAAACUGGAAUCUGCAACUACUCUAAUCCAACAAAUUGCUUAUAUAAAGAUAUAAAUAAACCUGAUUCCUGCCUUAUAUGUAAAGAUGGUUUUAAAUUGAAUGAAUUAUCCUAAUGUAUUUAAGAAGUUGAAAAUUGCCAUGAUUAUGACUCAAAUUUUAACUGCAUAAAAUGUAAUGAUGGUUAUUUCCUUCAGAAAAUAGAAUAAGCUUCUUCUAGUAUACCAUCAAGAAGAUUAUCAACUGUUACGGGUUAACCUGCGAUUUGUGUCAAAUAAUGUUCUCCAUCAUAUUAUUUAGAUUAUAUGAGUCUGUAGUGUAAAAUGAAUUAUGGACAAGAGCCAUGCUUAAUUAGAAAAGGAUUUAAGUGUCUUUAAUGCAAUUAAGGUUUUUAUCUACAGUGUGGAUAAUGUAUUUAAUAUGAUAGCAAUAUAUUCAACAAUACUAAUCUUCUUCCUAUUAACGGUAAAGCAAAUAAUGAUAAUAAAACUAAUACUUGCAGAUAAAAUUAUACAAUGUUUCAAGGUUAAUGCUUUUUUAAUUACCCACCAGAUAGAUAUUAUCUAGAUGAUUAAACAAAUUAAAUAUAGCCUUGUGAUUCAUCUUGUUUCAAGUGCACCAAUUCUACUAACUGCUUGGUAAAAAGUAAUGAUAAAGGCUGUGCGUAGGGAUUUUAUAGCCUCGACAAAGGGUGCUACCCUUGCAGCUUAGAAUGUAAAGAGUGCUUCGGACCAAGCAAUGGGCAAUGUACAAAAUGUACUGAUGGAUAUACCAUAAAUGGAAAUUUAUGUACUAUUUAGUUCCCAGAUAGAAAUUAUACUUAAAUAGAUAGCUCAUAAAAUUGCGCAUAGUACAAUAAUAACAACUAUUAGUGUUAAUCAUGCAAUUAAACCUAAAUUAAUUUUGUUGUUGAUUACAAUGGUGAAUGCUCUACAUAUUGCUAUCGUGACUACCCUAUUUAUGAUACAGUUAAUAAUAGAUGUGUUCAACAGUGUCCAACUGGAACUCAGUUAGAUAAUUCUAUUCCUUACUAAUUAAAAUGUACUAAAUGUGGAAUUGGAAAAUAUUUUGAUGGCUCGAAUUGCUAAAGUUGCAUCACAAAUUGUGCUUCAUGCAAAAAUUAAUCAAGCUGUGAUCAAUGUGCUGAUAAAUACUUUUAUUCUGGUAGUACUUGCGAAUAAUGUUUGAAAAACUGUUAAAAUUGUUCUGAUAAUAGCACUUGCUUGCAAUGCGAACCUGGUUAUGAUUUAAUUAAAUCGCGAGUCGAUAUCUGUGAUCUUUAAUGCCCUUAAGGUAAAUUCAGAGAUUCAACAUCAAAUCAAUGUACUCUAUGUAUUCCAAAUUGUCAAUCCUGUAAUGAUGAUCAGAGUUGUAUUGUUUGUUAAAGUGGAUAUGAGUUCGUAACUUCUCUUAAGCAGUGUUCUUAAGUCUGUCCAACAAAUUAAUUUCGAAAUGAUUAAGGAAUUUGUAUACCUUGCUCUCUACCUAAUUGCACAUAAUGUGCUAGUUUGAACUUAUGCAGUUAGUGUGCAAGCGGAUUUGUCUUCAACAAGCAAUUUUAAUUAUGUGUUUCUACUUCAUGCCAAGAUGGAUAAUUUUUCGAUUAAAUCACUUAAAGCUGCUAAAACUGUAGUAUUGGAUGCAAAAAAUGCAUCAGCCUAGACUAAUGUUAUUAAUGCUUUAAAUCAGAUGAUCCCACUUAAAACUACUUUUUAAGCCCAUAAAAAAUAGUAUCAAAAAGAUUGCUUGGGAAUCUAAAGUCUAAUUAACACUAUCUUUUGUAAUCUACUCCAUAAAUUAAAUAGGGGUAUUGUUAUACUAAGUGCCCUGAUUAAUUGCGCCCAGACACAACAAAUAACAUAUGCUGUGAUCCUACAUGCCUCACAUGUAAUGGGUUUUAAUAAAAUAAUUGCUUAUCGUGUCCUCCUUCUUAUGCUCUAUCACCAGAUACGCAAACUUGCCAAAUAUCUUGCAAAUAGGGUGAGUACAUUUCAAAUAAAUCUAAAGCUAUUGUUCCUUUAUAUGAUAGCGUUUUAUAAAAUUGUAGUAAAUGCUUGACUGAAUGUGAAACUUGUUCUGAUGGAAACAGCUGCUUAACAUGCAAAAAUGGUUACAUUCUUCAAAAUGGAAGAUGUGUUAAAGAAUGCACUCCGGGUUAAUAUAGACUAGACAGAAUUCAAAGCAAAAUUUGUUGUGAUUUAUCUUGUGAAUCUUGUUUUAAUUCCCUCGACACAGGUUGUAUAAAUUGCUUUGAUGAGCUUUACUCAGUUGAUAAAUCAAGUAAAAAGUGUACUUAUGAUAAGUCUAAAGCAGAUAAAAUAAAGGGAAAUACAAACUCUACUUCAGAAGUCAUAAUUCCUAAAUAAUAUUGCCAUUGGAGUUGCUCAAAAUGUUCAAACUUUGAAUACGACUCUUGCUAAGAAUGUAUUAGUCCUGAAAGAAUAUUUUACAGAGGAACUUGUAGUUGUCCACCAGGCUAUGAAGACAUAGGUUCAGAAUGUUAACCAUCUGAAAAUUAAGGAGAUGCUGCUUUAAUUUCUCUCAACUAUAUUGUCUUAAUAUCCUUUUUUGGUUUCACUCUAUCGGGAAAAUAUCCACUUUUUUCGAUCAACGUUUUGUUUAUCUCUUAAUUUGCAGGCUACUUUACUUAUUUCCAAGAACCUGCGAAUGUUUAUAACAAGGAUUACAUAUACAAGGCAUUCAAUAUUGAUAACUUGGCUUAUUUCUUCCCAAAUCCUUUGAAAUCUUCUUAUUUGCGAAAUGUAGAUCCUCGCUAUGAUUAAAAAUAUGUAGAAAUGCACGAAUAAAUUCCUAAUGACUUUAGAUACAUACUUAAUGAAAAAUCAUAGAAUUUCCUUUUUAAUGUAUUUCCUUUGAUUUUAUUUGCCUUACCUUUUUGUUUGCUCUAUUUGAUAAGCAGAUUUGCAAAAGACCCAAGUAAUACCAGUCAAAAUAGGCUCUAUUGGUUAUAUGGCAGAAUACUUUAAGCUCUCAGGAUGAGCAUGUAAUGGAACGUUUUCUUAUUGAUAAUGAUUUUUAGUUAUUAAGAAGUAAUAACAUUUUUAGCAUUGUAGUUCUAGCAUAUAGAUACUUCAAAUGGCAUAAAUGCUAUUGGAAUGUUGCUGUCAUUUGUGGGUGUGGUAUAUGCAGUGUUUGUCCCAGCUAUUGUUUAUUACGGUAUAAAUGUAGCAACAUUUGAUAAGCAUACAAAAUAUGGAGUGCUUUUUAUGAACUGCAUAAAUGACACAACAUUUUCAGGUAAAAAUUAACUCCUUACAAUGCUAAUAUUUAAAGCUGCAUUUGCAAUAAUAUUUGCAUCUGGUGGUGAUAAAGGAAGUGCUAUUUUACUUGUUUUAUUAAUAUAUGGCAUUUACAGAAUAGCUGAGAUAGCAUUAAAUUUCAGAACAACAUAACGCUCAAAAAUCUAUUUGUUGAUAAACUGUAUUAUCACCCUACUCAUAUUUGUCUUGGCUAUUUACGCCUACAGUCUAAGCAAAUAUAAAGAUGCUAAUUUAUCGAAAUUUUACAGUUAUGAUUUUGCCUAAGGCUAAAUAAAAGCUAUCUUAAUAUUUAUUUUCUCGGUAAAGGUAUUGAUAAUGAUAGUAGAGAUGAUAUCUUUAUUAUUCUUCUACAAUUAUGUUUAGUAUGUAUAUCACAAAGACUAUUAAUGGCCUACUAAAUCUUCAAACACAAAAAAAUUAUCAAGUAAUCAAUAAAAAAUAUAACCUAAUAUAUUGAUAAAUAAAAUUAACACACCACAAGAUUAAAUUUUGAAUAGCAUUACAAAAAUGGUAAAUUAACCUACUUAACAAAUAAUGAAUAACCCAUUUUUAAAUUUGACUCCUAAUUCUUAAAACACAGUAGAGAUGUCCUUAACAUCUUAAAUAAAUAGUUCUGCCUUACAAGAAAGUGCUGCAUAAGGUUUAUCAAAUUAAAAUGGAAACCAGAAUCCGUUUUUAAAGACAAGUUCUUAUUAUCCUCCUGAUAUUUAAAGCGAAUAUAACUACAAUGAAGAUAACAAGUAAACUCCAACAGAUGGUAAUAUGAUAAACUCUUACGAAGAUAGCAAUUAAAAUCCAUUCUUAAUUUAACAAAAAUGA